AAGUCCAUCGUGUCAGGUCAUAUCUGCCGGAGACCGAACUUCCUUGCGGCGGCGACUCGUCAUUAAAGAAUUAUCAAUAACAUGGUUUAUCCAGCAGAAAUAACGUGGUCGGAUAGAUGUAAAAACACAAGAAACAUGUUUUCAUCUAGUAUACUUACUUUUUUUGUAUUUCUCUUAUGUGUGACGCUUUCUUUACAACAAAAUUCUGGCUUCGGCGGUCGAAGAACCUUAGUAUUGGUAGACAGUUGGUCUUUGAGAGAAACACAUUCGAUUUUCUUCAAAAUGUUACGUGAUCGCCAUUUUGAAAUAACAUUUAAGACUGCUGAUGAUUCAAGUUUAGCAUUAACAAAGUAUGGUGAAUUCUUAUAUGAUAACUUGAUUAUUUUUUCUCCUUCUGUAGAAGGUAAGUUUUCAUUUUAAUAAAUCAAUCAUUUUGUUACUAUUACUACUGAUAUGUGAAUAUGUGUAUGUAUGUUUUUAGGUGACCCUCUGCGUGAAAUUGCUACGGAAUGUGGUGUUGAAUUUGAUGAAGAGAAGACUUCCGUCAUUGACCAUUUGAACUAUGAUGUUUCUGAUGGAGGAAAGCAUACUCUCAUAGUUGCUGAUUCAAGCAAUUUGCUGGAUGCUCCAAUGAUUGUCGGAAAGAAAUUAACAGCCCCCUUGUUGUUCCAAGGUGUUGGAAUGAUUGCUGACUCUGAAAAUCCUCUUGUUCUAAAUGUACUUCAUGGAUCAUCCACGGCUUAUUCUUUUAACCCAAACAACAAAAUCGAUGAGUUUCCUCAUGCUGUGGGCAAGAAUACUCUACUUAUUGCUGCUUUGCAAGCAAGGAACAAUGCCAGAGUUGUAUUUGUUGGCUCUCUAGAUUUUUUCAGUGACCAGUUUUUCACGGCGCCUGUUCAGAAGGCUAGUGAUGGAUUACGUGUUGAGAAAUCUGGCAAUCAAGAACUUGCAGCCAAUUUAGCUGAAUGGGUUUUGAAGAUGAAAGGUGUUUUACGAGUUCGCAAAGUAUCUCAUCAUAUUUCUGGCAAAACCACCCCACCUCCUGCAUAUACAAUUUUGGAUGAUGUUGAAUACAGUAUUGAAAUUGAAGAAUAUGCCAAUGGAAAGUGGCAACCUUUUGAGGCUGAAAAUGUACAAUUAGAAUUUGUACGCAUUGAUCCAUUUAUUUGCCAGACUUUAGAAGGGAAAGAUGGUGUAUUUUCAACUCGCUUUAAACUUCCUGAUGUUUAUGGUGUGUAUCAGUUCAGAAUAGACUUUAAUAGAAUGGGAUUCACACAUCUAUUCAGUUUGACUCAGGUAUCUGUACGUCCAUUAGAGCAUACGCAAUACGAAAGAUUUAUACCAUCAGCGUAUCCUUAUUAUGUGAGUGCAUUUUCUAUGAUGUUUGGUGUGUUCCUGUUAAGUUUGGUAUUCCUCCACUACAAAGAAGAUGUCAAAGAAAAAGACGAGUGAACAUAGCUAAACCAGUAGAAAGUAAAAUGACUCAUUCCAUUUCACAUUUUAUUACAUUUUCUUCAACUAAAAAAUUGUUAAUAAAAUUUAAAAAGUA